UCGUGCGCCCUCGUUGCCACAUCGUGUCCGUGCCACUCGUUCCCAGAAAGAUCGCGAGUGCAGUGCGCGUGUGAGAAAGUGACUCGUUACCAAAAUGAAAUUAUUUAAUUAACAGUUUUUUCACUAAAGUGUUACUAUCCUCGAAAAACACUAAAUAGUGUUUCAUAGGGUCGGAGGUGAGCAAGAAACAACAAUGACUGCCACAUCCGCCAUCUUGGGCGUCUUUCUGCAGAUCUUACUUAAAGUUUCAGUAACGUCAGGAGUGAGCUGGGAAGAGUGGUGGACAUAUGAUGGAAUAUCAGGGCCAGCGUUCUGGGGGUUGAUCAACCCCGAGUGGAGUCUGUGCAACAAGGGGCGGCGACAAUCCCCAGUCAACUUGGAGCCUAACAAGCUGCUGUUUGACCCAAACCUGCGUCUUCUCCACCUGGAUAAACACAGGGUAAACGGGUUAAUCACCAACACUGGCCACAGUAUAGUGUUUACGGUGGAGAACACCACUAGGCAUCACAUCAAUGUGACGGGCGGCCCUCUCAGCUACAAGUACCAGUUCCACCAGAUCCAUAUCCACUACGGUCUGCAGGACGAGACAGGCUCUGAGCAUUCUAUAAACGGCUAUACCUUCCCUGCAGAGAUACAAAUAUUUGGGUUCAACUCUCAAUUGUACUCGAACUUCAGUGAAGCCUUGCACAGAGCUCAAGGGGUCGUAGCCAUUUCUUUACUGAUGCAGUUGGGAGACUUAUCCAAUCCAGAGCUGAGGAUACUGACGGAGCAGCUCGAUAAGAUCAGAUAUGGAGGAGAAGAGGUGGAGGUGAAGAGGCUGUCGAUUAUGGGCCUGCUGCCGGACACGGAGUACUACAUGACGUAUGACGGGUCCACUACAAUGCCGGCGUGUCAUGAGACUGUCACGUGGAUUAUUCUCAACAAGCCCAUCUACAUCACCAAGCAGCAGCUUCAUGCCCUAAGGCGACUCAUGCAGGGCGAUGGAAAACACCCCAAAGCACCCCUAGGCAACAAUUACAGACCCCCGCAACCUUUGCACCAUCGACCUCUGAGAACGAACAUCGAUUUCAAUGUCAAGCAGACUGGAGCAAAAUAUUGUCCUAGCAUGUACAAGGAAGUAUAUUAUAAAGCCAACAGCUGGAAACCACACUGAAGACAGCCGAUGUCUAGUUGUUGUCUAGGUUUAUACCAGAUACCCAGUAGGCCUAAGAUUUAUGCUGAUUAUGUACUAUUACUGUAUAUGCAAUAGAUGUACCUAUACGCUUACUCCAAGCACUCCGGUUCCAGAAGCUUCUCGGAAGAGGGAGGGAGAUAAAAGGAAUAAAAGAAAUAUUGUUUUCUUGUACUAUGUAUUUUACUUGAUAUACAUUUUGUUUUAAAAGUAAGUGAACACCUGACAUUUCACUACUGUUUUGAAUCUGAACUUUUUUACAAUGGGCCUUAAUUAAAUACUUUUAAAUUACUGUAAAAUAUAUAAUUUUUAAUACUAUGAAGUAAUUGUAUACCUCUAGUAAUGAUCACACAUUUUUCAAAUAUUAUCUUUUAUUUUAUCCAACAUAAAGAAUUCUAAUAGAGUUCCAUUUUAAUUUUCUUAUGAAUUGAGACGACAAUAAAAUUGAUUUUUCAAUAGAUCCGUCUUCAUUAUUUUUAUUAAUUUCCCGAAUUUUUUAUAUUAUAUUGUAUCCCAAGCAUUCAAGUGUGAUGUAUCUGUAUCUUCUUUUAAUAAUCGUACAUUUUUUUCGAAAUAAUACAUCCGGAGUCAAAGAAGUGUUUUGCAAUAGCAGAUUUUUCAGUUAUAUUUCAUAUGUGCUUUAAAUCGUGUUUUGAUGUUUUUUUUUGUUUUUAAAAUGAACUACUUCGCACAGUCGCUGCGUUUAAUUUCAUAAAUUUUGUGAAUUAUUGCAAGGACUCGUAAACAUAAAAAUUUAUAUUGGAUAAAUUUGUGAUUUUUACUAGUGGUAUUAAAUUAACACCUUUAAAUUCCUCCAAGAAUCUUCUAAAAAGUAUUAAAUAUUGUGCAGGAUAUUUAAUUUUAAUACUUCAUCGGCUGUGUACCUUAAAACCACUCAUGAUUAAGCACUUAAAAGAUUACUGUCUUUUAAUUUUACUAUAACACUUUACUAAAUAGCCACUCAAUUUUAUUUCUGAAACAAGCAUGGCCAACGUUAAGAAUUUGUAUUGUUAGUAAUUUUUAAGUAAAACUAAGUUAAAAUACAUAUUUUUGAUUGGAAAUAUUGGUACUUUGGUGUUAUACAGAGGCCACUCUGUCCCCAUUUAUGACUUUUUAUCAAGCGAUACGUAGUAUUAUAAAUAUAAGAAGUUAAAACCUUUAGAGCGCUCACGUAAUCUAAGCUAACGUUUUAAGAACUAUCUUAAGU